AUGGUUCGGACACCUGCUCAAAACGCCAUGGGGACGGCUACAAACACCCAAACCACCACCCACGAGGGGGGUGUUAUCCCAUUGACAGGCACUCUAAGACUAAGAGGAGAGGAAGAAGAGCAAAGCAGCCAACCGCCAGCCCAAGAAAGGCAUAUAAAAUGGGCAGAGGACGUUGUUGACAAUGAAGGUCAAGGCAAAAAGCGCUCCAAAGUCUGUUGUAUUUACCACAAACCACGACCGGCUGGCGAGAGUAGCUCUGAAUCGGAAUCAUCAGACUCGGAUUUUGACGAUGACUCUUCUGACGACGAAGGACGGUCCGACAAGGCACAUCCUCAGAAACACCUUUCCAGCGCAGAGGUGAGAUUUCUAACAGGCGUCAACUUGACCAGGGACGCGGAUGCUCUAGCCAUGGAGAUCCACAAGCUCGUCAUAAACGCAAACCAAGGCCGAACGCCUACGAACGGAUUCCGAAGAACAAUACAUAGCGCCAAGCAAGCACUGAAAGAUUUGGGUUGA